UCCUCAGGGGCCUCUAGAAAACCACAGGGCGCCGGGCCCGGGCCGUCGUCCCCAGGGAGCCGGCAGGAUGGCUGAGGGCAAGGCUGGCGGCGCCGCCGGCCUCUUCGCCAAGCAGGUGCAGAAGAAGUUCAGCAGAGCCCAGGAAAAGGUGCUGCAGAAAUUGGGGAAAACUGUAGAAACCAAAGAUGAGCGAUUUGAACAAAGUGCCAACAACUUCUACAAACAACAGGCAGAAGGCCACAAGCUAUACAAGGACCUGAAGAACUUCCUUAGUGCAGUCAAAGUGAUGCAUGAAAGUUCAAAGAGAGUCUCAGAAACCCUGCAGGAGAUCUACAGCGGCGAGUGGGACGGUCAUGAGGAGCUGAAGGCCAUUGUAGGGAAUAAUGAUCUCCUUUGGGAAGACUAUGAAGAGAAACUGGCUGACCAGGUUUUGAGGACCAUGGAAAACUAUGUAACCCAGUUCAGUGAGGUUAAGGAAAGAAUUGCCAAGAGGGGUCGGAAACUCGUGGACUAUGACAGUGCCCGACACCACCUGGAGGCAGUACAGAAUGCCAAGAAGAAAGAUGAGGCCAAGACUACCAAGGCAGAGGAAGAAUUCAACAAAGCCCAGAUUGUGUUUGAAGAUAUGAACCAAGAACUACUGGAGGAGCUACCUGUUCUUUAUAACAGUCGUAUUGGCUGUUAUGUGACCAUCUUCCAGAACAUUUCCAACUUGAGGGAUGUCUUCUACAGGGAGAUGAGCAAGCUGAACAACAGUCUCUACGAGGUGAUGGGCAAACUGGAGAAGCAACAUUCCAACAAAGUCUUUGUGGUGAAGGGACUAUCAAGCAGCAGCAGGCGCUCUUUAGUCAUCUCUCCCCCAAUUCGAAAAUCAACAGUCUCUAGCCCCUCACCUACCAGUCCCUCUGCACUUUCCUUGAAGAGUGAGAGUGAAUCUAUCUCAGGAACUGAAGAGCUGACACCUGAUGCAGCCCAGGGAGAAGACAAUUCUGAGAUCAAAGAAGAGCCCUUAAAAGAUGAGGAAACAGAAGCAGAAGGGUCUGAAAUAAGCUCUUCUGAGGAAGAAGAGCUCCUACCAGACUGCAAUGGCACAGCCCAGGCACAGCCCUCUCCUAUCACUGAGGGUGGCAAGUCCCAGGAGGAAGAUUCCCCUUGCUCACCAGCUCCAACACCAGACAGAGCACUAACACCUUCAGAGCAGCCUUCAUCAUCUCUCCCAGAAGUAGUUCUCCGAACCCACACCUCAAGGGAAGGAUCUGAGCAACCAAAGAAAGCCUCUUUCCAGAGGAAGUCAGCACCCCCUAGUAGGCCUCCUCCACCCAGAGCCACUUCAAGCCCCAGGCCCUCUUCAGGAUACAUACCCUCUAGCCUUCCAACCUCUGGAGGGGGUUCACCCACCAGUCCCAGGGCCUUGUUGGGGAGUGGGACUCCAAGUCCUAGGGCUUCCUUAGAGGCCUCUCCUGAUCCAGAACUACCAGAGAAGCCAGUAAGAACUCCUGAGGCCAGAGAAAAUGAAGACACCCACAAUCUGAACCCAGAAGAAUUUUGUGCUUCCCCCACCUUGAUGAUCUCUCAGGUUCUUUCAGAGCCCGGACAGGCAAAGCAGAUGGAAGACAAGGAAGAAAACAAUAAGCUUAUCUCAGCCGACUUCCCUGAGGGCCAAGGCCUUCAGCUUCAUGUCUCUGUGGUUCCAGGAGAGAGCAACCUCACAGCACCUGAGUCUCAAGAAGAGGUAUCUACAAGUCACAAUGCACAACUCUGAAGAGAAACUGCCAAGACCCUCCCACCCACACACCUCCCCAGAGAAGCUCCUCGGCCAGAGGGUAGUGGUCAGAGAGAUAUAAGAGCCAUCAUUCAUUUCUAGGUUCUCAGACAAUAUGAAUGCUGGUGGUCUCUAAAGACCUGGCACUGAUGGAGGCUGAGGAGCAGCCUUAUGGGAGGGAAGGAGGCAGGCAGGCUUGGAAAAAGAGAGUGUUAGACUCAGGGAAUAUUUAAUUUAGGUUUUAACGUUGUUAGAAGAGUAAUAUUUUAUAUAUUAAUUACCAUGGGGCUAUAAUGACUAUAAAAACAAAGUUCCUAUAGACACAGACACUUGUUCACACAGAGACACAUAAACACACAUACUCAGAGGAUAGUAAACAAGUCUUUGACUUCUCACUCAUUUUGCAAGACUUAAAGGCAACAGAACAGAUUUUCAGAUUGUUAAAUAAAGUAUGAUUUUGACUA